CUCGUCGUACUUCCUCUUAAAAAAGUGACGACUUGUACAAUCAAAACUUUUUUUAUAAUUACGUGCGAAUAUUUUUUUUCCCCCUGUGACGUCAUGGGUCACCACGGCAACCGCAGCGUCUACAAGAAAACACAAAGCGCCAAUGGCAACAGCGAUGCACUGAAAAACCCCACGCACACUUUGCACGUUUUAUUUUAGUAGAAAAAAAACAUAUUUAUAAAAAAAUGGAAUAUCUUGGAGUUUCAUCCGCCCAGAACCUCCAGGCGCUGUCUGCCUUGCUCUCCAACCAGCAAAAAGAGGAUGACGAUGAGGAUGAUUAUAAAAACGUCUUUCCGUAUGCAAAGAUGAGUCCAGGAAACAUUGGCCCUCCCAAAAAAAAGGACAAAGAAGUGCCGCCUGUCUACGUGAAAGAGAACAGCAAAGACGUAUGGAGCGUGGACGAGGUGGCCGAGGGCCCUCAGUAUGACGACAUCACAGACCCGCGACCACAGCCCGAAUAUGAAGUCAUGCUCAAGCAGAGUGUGGGGACAGAAGAUGUAUUUUUGGGCCUCAACAGAAAGGACCCGUCCUCCAUGUGCUGUGAAGCCAUGCUGGUGAAAAUCAAACUUCCAGACAGCAAAGCGUCAGACGUUACCCUGGACGUGAAAGAAAAGUUUCUUGACCUGCGGACACCUAAGUAUAAACUGGGUCUCCAUCUCCCACACCCUGUCCUCCACCAGGAGGGCAAGGCCCAGUUCUUUAGCGAGAGGGAAGAGCUCGAAGUGACUCUUCUCAUGAAUCGACCGCUGGAUGCUGUCAACAUGCCGUGAGACAGAACCGCUCCCGUAUCGUAAAGUAUCGUCCGGCCUGGAUCGGAUUCAGGUGGACCCUCUUGAUGGCCUAGAUCAGGGGUGUCAAACUAAUUUUAGCUCAGGGGCCACAUAGAGGAAAAUCUAUUCCCAAGUGGGCCGGACUGGUAAAAUCAUGUCAUGAUAACUUAAAAAUAAAGACAACUUCAGAUUGUUUUCGUUGUUUAAAAAUAGAACAAGCACAAUCUGAAAACAUACAAAUAAUAAUAAUGUUGUUUUUUUUACACUUACAUGUUGCUGCGUAGUAGUCUAUCUUCAUUUGUCAUGAUUUAUAAUUUCUGAAUAAAUGAUGUGAUAAUAUUUGUGAGUCU